UCAUGGAGGCGAACCACAGCGGCAUGUUGGAGAGCGCACCAAAAGACGUUUAUGAGGUGGCAGUGCACGACGACAACGCCGUUGGCAACCGCAGCACCCAAUUUGCAGACGUGGCCUUGCUGCAGACAUUCAAGCCCAUCAUCAUCCCGUGCUAUGUACUCGUGUUGCUAGUAGGGGUCUUCGGAAACUACCUGCUCCUCUACGUCAUCUGCAGGACGCGCAAGAUGCACAACGUCACUAACUUCUUUAUCGGCAACUUGGCCUUCUCGGAUAUGCUCAUGUGUGUCACGUGUGUGCCCUUUACCCUCGCCUAUGCACUCAACCCUCACGGGUGGGUCUUCGGACGCUUUGUUUGCUACCUGGUGUUCCUCAUCCAGCCUGUGACGGUCUACGUGUCGGUCUUUACGCUCACGGCCAUUGCUGUGGACAGAUACUACGCAACAGUGCACCCCCUAAAAAAGCGCACCUCUGUGGCGACCUGUGCAUUCGUCCUGGCUGGAAUCUGGCUGAUGUCCUGCGCGCUGGUCGCUCCUGCGGUGAGCCACACCUAUCACGUGGAGUUUAAAGAGGAGGGCUUCACUAUUUGUGAAGAGUUCUGGUUGGACCAAGAGAAGGAACGACGGGCAUAUGCUUACAGCACCCUGCUGGUCACCUAUGUUCUACCGCUGUCCGCCGUCUUUGUGUCCUACUUGUGCAUCACGGUCAAACUAAAGAAAUGCAUCGCCCCCGGUCACAGGACAAAGGAAAGGGCCACUGCCCAUCAAGCCCGGAAGAGGAAGAUCUUCCGCUUGGUGGCCCUCCUUGUGUCGGCCUUCGCUGCGUGCUGGCUCCCUAUUCACGUUUUCAACAUGCUACGGGACGUAGACAUCACGCUCAUCAACAAGCGCUUCUUCCUGCUCAUACAGCUGCUUUGCCACUUGUGCGCCAUGAGCUCCUCCUGCUGCAACCCCUUCCUGUAUGCGUGGCUGCAUGACCGAUUUCGCGCAGAGCUGAGAAAGAUGCUCAAGUGCCAUCGCCGUAUUGGAGCACCUGUCAAUCAUUGCACCGCAGGUGUGGUCUUGUAA